AUGGCGACGCGGGAAAAGAGAAGUGAAGUGUGGAAACAUUUUACUACAAGCCAAGAAGACGAUAGUAAAGCAAUAUGUUUAUAUUGUGGUGCUGUAAUAUCACGUGGUGGUUCUUGCCGAUCAAGCUACACAACCACCAACAUGUUGCAUCAUGUUAAGACACGGCAUCCUCAGCAAUUUGCAUUUGCAGAAAGUACAAGCCAGGCGUGUUCUACUGAGAGGGAACAUUCGGUUGCUGGCCCUUCUCAGAAGAAAGUUAAAGUAAGUCUACUUCAACCAACACUGCAAGACGUAGUCGAAAAGAAAUUACUGUACAAUUCCAAUGAUCCACGAGCUCAGGAAUUUACCACAUUGAUUGCUGAAAUGAUAUGUGUAGACAUGCAACCAUAUGACAUUGUGAAUAAUGAUGGUUUUAGGCGUCUCAUGUCUAAAGCAGUUCCGAGAUACAACAUUCCUUCAAGGAAACACAUGGCCGAUACAGUAAUUCCAAAAAUGUAUGAGAAAGUGAAAAAUAAAGUUAGAGAGAGACUUUCUAAUCUUGUCAAUGUUGCUGUCACAACAGAUUUGUGGACAAGUGAGGCUUCGUCUCAGAUGAAUGAUUUCAUUAGUGUCACAGCCCAUGAAGCAGAGCUGUCUCAGAAGGUACAUUUCUGCCUUGAAGUUUUACCUUUUGAUGGUGAUUUGCACACUGCAGUAAACAUUGCAGACAAUCUCUUGCACAUAUUUGAAGACUGGGAGAUAGGCAAUAAAGUAUGUGCAGUUGUUACUGAUAAUGCAUCUAAUAUGAAAUGUGCCGUAAGAGAUCACCUCAAACGGCCUAAUAUUCCAUGCUUAGCUCACAGUGUUCAGCUUGUACUCAAAGAUGGGCUGCUGAAUCAACGUCCAGUUCGUGAACUGCUUGCGGCAUUCAGGAGCAUUGUAGGGCAUUUCAGUCAUUCAACAGCAGCCAAAAAAAUUCUUGUCGAUGCACAGAAAAAGGUAAACGAACCUCAGCACGUACUUAUUCAAGAUAUUGCGACACGAUGGGACUCUACUCUUCAAAUGUUACGACGUCUUGUAGAACAGCGUCUUUCCAUCACGGUUGCUCUCCAAAAUUGCUCGAAGUUUAGGUGUCAGAUUACAGCUGAAAAUUGGUUGCUUGCCGAGCAAUUAGUAGAUCUUCUUACAUACUUUGAAGAUGUGACCAAGACAGUCAGCAGUGAAAAAGCAUGUGUAGCAGAUGCUAUACCACUAGUCAACAGCCUAAAUCACAUGCUGGAAAUGAAGAUAAUGGAGGUUAAAGCCGUUAAAGGUGCCACUAAAUCUUUUGCAACCGAUUUGAAACAUUCACUCGGCUCACGUCUUGGUGAAUUGGAAAAGACUGAGAUUUUCCUAGUAGCUACGAUGCUUGAUCCUCGUUAUAAACACCAUCCAUUCCAAAAUCCUGACAGCAUUGAAACAGUGAAAAAUAGUUUGAAUUAUAGCAUGACACUGCAAAAAUGUGAUCAGACUUCUGAGUCAACUGGCACUUCUAGAUGUUACACAGAAGGGAAUUUGGCAGAUGUUCCAGAAAAUGGUUGAUAAGUCUAUAGCUGCUACAACAGCUUCAACUAGGGGUAAUGUAAUUGAAGAACUGGACAGUUACAUGAAGCAGCCAACAUUCGACCUAGGGACAGACCCGAUUGAAUUCUGGUUAAAAGAUGUAAAUUACCCACAUCUGAAGAAGGCAGCACUGAAAAAUCUUAUAAUACCCCUUGGAUCUGUGUGCUCAGAGAGAUUGUUUUCAUCAGCAGGAAACAUUCUCCAAGAGAAGCGCAACAUGAUGUUGCCUGAGAAAGCUUGUUUUUUAAAAUUCAAAUUUGCCAGUGUUGAAUUAUGACUACUAAAUGUCAACUGCGUGUUUCACAUGAUAUAUUUACUUUUAAGAAUAAAAAUAAAUAAUAUAAGCCUGUGAAGAUAUUUUAAUUAUUAGUAUUGCUUGAUAUAUUAUUAUUUGUUUAAUUUAGCUGUUGGAAAAUGAAAAUGUGAUAAAAUAAUCGGUAAUCGGUUUGUAUCGGUAUCGGCCGAUGUUUAUGUUGGUUAUCUGUAUCGUUUCGGUAAUGCCUUAUCGGUGUAUCACUAUUACAAAUCUCAAAAAAUUGCAAGUUCCAUGAAACUUUCUAAGUUAUUGUAAUAAGUUUAUCACAGCAACACCUCGUUCAAUGCUAUAGUUGCUUAUUAAAUUGUUUUUCAAAUAUUUGAAAAGCAAGUCAUGUUGCACUUUAGGCUGGCAGGGAUGAAAUUGGAUGGAAACCAUUGAAGGACAGGAGGAGAAUAGAGAAUUAUUAGGCUGUACAAGGUGGCGAAUGGUGAAGGUGGAUAGGUAGGUUCGGCACGUAAACUAACUGCAGGAAUGCUCAAGGGAAGAGGAACAACAGUGGAAAUAUACAGAGGGCGUGGAGGACAACAGUGAGGGUUAGACAGUCAAUGCUUGUGAGGACUGAGAGGGAGUAGAAUAUUCUGUGGGAGGAGUUGGUAAAUGUGAAGGAGGUUGGGAGAUUUAGGUAGGGUUUGGAGGAUUGGUACUGUGGGGAUAGUAACGAGAUCACUCACCACCUGGUGGUAGCCCAAUUGCAAGUAUAAUCUUUUAUAAUAGUAAUACUGGUCAUCCCAGAAGUGAAAAUUAAGAGAUUUAGGGAUUUCAUUGGUUGAAAACAACAUUCAUAACAAUGACAGGUGCAGGUUCCCAUUAAAACUUGGCAAUUAUAGUUGUCCUGAUCCAUCUACAAAUUAAGUUACUAGCAGCUAAUGUAAAUUAACUUAGGUCAUUGACAACAUGCAUAACAUAUUGACUUCAAAAUUGUAAGAUUUCACUACAGAAAUUUUAAUUAUUUUAUUGUAAGUAACUUUUUUUUAUUUUUAUAUUGCUCAUCCUUUUGUUUCUUCUAACUAUUAAAUUUGACAAAAUUUGUUUAUGCAUUCAUGUGUAUUGUGUGUAAUGUAAUGGCAUGAGUUUCAGGUAUUCAGUAAAAUAUAUAAACACCCACACUACUCCCUGUACUCUCUAGCGUAUAGGGAGCCUACACUAAGUUCAGUACAUUACAGCAUCUCUAGAGGAACAAUGAAGACAUAUAUGGUAUUAUUUCCUAUUUCAUUAAAAUUACAAAUUUUUAAUCAUGACACAAAGGCAAUACUUACUUGCAACAGACCUGAGUUCAUGACAUUCCAUCUUCCUUUUCACAUGUCUUCUUGUAGAAGAAAUACGUGGAGGAGGAUUUGGUAUGUUGAAGAGGGUGGGGACAGCAUGACUAUGUCUUCUGUUCUUCAAAUCGUUCAAAAACAUUCUCUCUUCGAAGUGGUCGCUACAUAUUCUGCAGUUCUUGUGCAGAUAUGCUGAACUUUUAUCAUCAAGGUCGGCACGCCUACAUGCAACAACCCAUUUCCUGCACCUAGUAAAAUUAAACCAAACAGUUACAUUUUCAUAUUUGCUUUAUGAAACUAAAUACAAAAAAACUUACAAAGACUACAGGCAGAGAUUUCAUAAACAUAUUGAAUAACAACACGAUUCAACCAAAUGCUCAUUAUUUCAUUUAUUAGCCACACAAGAAUACUCUAAGCAAAAAAUUAAUUCAUUUUAGAAAUGUGAUGAACAACUGUAAAUUAAUUUGUCGAAGUUCUUUUUAUAGUGGUAGGUAGUUAAUUAUUUUAAUAUUAGGCUUAUGUUUGUCUAGUAUGUAAGAUGAGCAUUAGGGCCUACUGUUUGGGAUCAUUCAAAAUAAGGUAGUCCAAAACUUGUUCCUUGGUGAUUUUGAAAAUCCCUCUUUGUGUUGUAACACUAUGAGGUUGGAACUUUAGACAUCCGCCUAAUAUUACUCAAAUUUUUUUUAUUGCCCUUUUUUUGCAUUGGUAAAAUUAAAUAUGCUGGCGUAAUUGCUAGGUAAACAAAUUUUUAUUAUUAUAAAUAUUAUAUGGCAAAUUUUUACUUGUUAGGGUUACAAUUACGUUUGGUUAGGUUUACCUCAGGUUAGGUAACCGAACUGAUUACUUUUCAUGUUAAUGAAAUCAUUACUCAACACUAUAUGUACCCACAUGAAAAAAGUACAUAUAAAUGAGAAUUUUACCCCAUCACUUAUGUUUUAAAGCAAUCUGAUGGUUUUACUCGAACACUUAUAGGUCUAUAAGCAGCUAUUUUAUUUUAACACGCUACACCAAUUUUAAUCGAGAUAAUUCCUAUAUUCGUUUACUGCAUAAGUUAACAAACCCACAUUACACUCUAAAAUAUUACUGAUAAUUAAGAUAUAACAAAUAGAAGAAGGAAAGUAACAGCCACAUUUUGCAAGUUGUGGAAUCAACAUUGCAGAACUUAGAGGUACUAGGUUGACACGUUAUUUUUACUUACAGUAUUUCAUCUAUAGGAAAUCUGAAGAAGUUUCUUUUUUCAGGUUGACCACUGUUGUUUGAACAGUUUGGUGCCGAGCACCAAGUGGCUCCAAAACGUUUACGAAACUCAUUCAUUUUCAUAAAACUGAUCUCUGCAGCAUCCCAAAGUUUAAAACGCUAUACCAACGCCAGAAUUAUACUUGCCACAAAAAUGGCGGCUAGCCUACGAUGUGUCAACAUGGCGAGUUCGGGUGUGCACAGCUGAUUUCGCCUCUGGUUCUUAUCUCCUCUGUGAUGCUAUAUAGAGUGUAUUAUUGUAUAGAAAACAAGGUAAACCAACCAAAGUCAAGCAUUUUCAACGUUUUAAGGAGUUUUUCGUUAAAUCAAGUGACAUUAUAAAGAGUUUACACUGUAUUAGUAAACUAUAAAAAUAAAAAAAGGAAAAUUUUUUCCCUUCUAGGAAGUUUUCCCAGCUAAGACUUUUUUGACAGACCCUUGAAAAACAUCUUAACAAAGUUUCACUGUAAUGCCUAUAACUUUAUACAAUAUGCACAUUUUUAGUCACCUUGCAGAAUUCUUUUAAACUCAAAACUGCUGCCUAAUUUUAGGGAGAUUUGUGUUGUAAUUUUAAUUUUUGGGGCUGGGUCAUUCCAUGUCAAAUCAACACACUUUUAAUAAAAUUUUUACCUCACCAUCUCAGAUUUUGAUGAAAUUUUGCACAGAUGUUACCUCCAUACAGACUAACGAAAAUAUAAAAUUUUAGAAUUAUAUAUCCAUCUGUUUUGAAAAUAUUGCUUUGUAAAUUUUCCAAAAAACACUCAAAAACACACGAUAGGCAUAUUUUAAAAUUACCAUAACUCUUCUCCAAAUUAAGUUAGAAAGGUGAGACAGGUGUCAUUUUGCAGCAUUUGGUAUGGCCUUUCAUGUGAUAUGUAACACAAUAAUGUCUAGAAAAAAAAUAAUUUUCAAAAUAAUUUGUAAAAUUUAAAUUUAAAAUAUUGGAAAAAGGGCAUUUUUAAUUUUUUUCAAAAAACUCUAUAAAAUUUUUUGUACAAAUAUUACAUUGUCUACAAAGUUUCAAAGUGGAGAGUUAAUGGGUUCAUAGUAAAAUUAAUUGGUAAUUGUAACCAUAUUUAUACUUUACUUUACCCAAUUGUGAUAUUUAACCAUUUUUCUAAUUAUAAUAAGUUAUGUUGAAAGUAUAAACACAUAAAAUUGAUUACAAAUCACUAAUGACACAAUUGUAAUUAAUUCUAGUGCUACACUUUGCUUGUCUCUGAUACAGGAUUUCAAAGAUUAGUUCAGACAAGCAUCCAGCUACUUGGGAUUCCCCUCAAUUUGCUUUGGGAUUUCCCUAGUUUUGGGAUUCCCCUUACUUUGGGAUUCUCCUUCCAUUGCCUUGGGAUUCCCUUAGCUCUGUGAUAUCCUUGCUUUGCCCUGGGAUUCCCCCCUAGCUCUUUCAGAGUACUGUACAGUAGUGGUUUCAGCUAGUUUAUGCUAGGAGUCUGUAUUCUGAUGUAGUAUCAAAUUUGUUAGUACAAGUAUCAGUGCUACGCCUAUAUAAAAUGUGACCAUUUGAUUUAUAUUAUUGGUGGAGUUUAUACAUUCUGAAUUGAGAAUGUUGAUAUUUAUUUUUAAAAAGGUAAUGUGUUCAUCAUGAUAGUGACUGGAACCCUAUGAAAAGGUGGGCAGUUUAGGGUAAGAAAUGGCCCUCAGUGAAUCAUUUUUGAAGUUAGUUUUUUAAUCCAUUAAAAAAAAGCAAUCACAACAUUAAGGAAAAAAGAAAGUUAAGGAAUAUUACUAGUUGGAUGUGCAGUUUGUUUUCUGGAUUGCCAAAGGGAGCAAAAAUUUGUGAUAGCUGUAGAAUAGAAAUUACAACAUUACAAACUGCUGCUGCUUCUUCUUCUACUCACCAGGAUAAAGAAUCAAGUUCAGAUUCUGAUAAAUAUCCCAGUUUUUCUGCAUCCUCAGAGGUGAUUGGUUCAUUAAAUAUUUCACUAGAAGGGCUAGGAGAAUCUCCUAUUAAUAGGAAAAAAUUCAAAUCAAAAAGUUAUGCACCAGAAAAAUUAAAACAAUUGACUCCACAAUCAAAAGGAAAACUUUUUGAGUUGCCAGAUAAUUUCUCUGAGGAUGAUGGUGAAUAUUUAGAGGAAUCAGUUUUGCAAAACCUCAAAGCCAAUUUCUUUGAGUUCUACUAGUAGGAGCAAGAAGUUAAUGAUAUUAACCUGUUUACCACCAAAUUGGGGAGUUAGAAAAAUAAUGCGAGGGUUUGAUGCGCCUAACUGCAUGGUACGACAAUCAAAAAAACUCUUGGCUGAAAAAGUAAUGUUAGAAAGUCCUAACCGCAAACCAGGAAAACACCUCUCAGAAGAUGUAGUUGAAGCUGUCCAUUUAUUUUAUGAAAAUGAUGAAGUCGGUAGAGCGAUGCCUGGUUUUAAAGACUCCAUAACAGUCACUGAACCUAAUAAAAAUAAAUAAAAAAUAUCAAAAAGACUUAUUUUGUGCAAUCUGAAAGAGGGAUACACUUUAUUCAAGGAGAAAUUUCCAAAUAUUGAAAUAGGUAUUUCAAAAUUUGCGGAGCUUCGUCCAAAGCAUUGUAUUUUAGCGGGUUCUAGUGGGACACAUGCAGUGUGUUUAUGUACAAUCCAUCAAAAUGUCAAAUUGAUGAUUGAAAAUGCAAGAUUAUGUGAUUUAACAGAUGGAGAAUUCAAAACCUUUGAACAUUGCCUACCAAAAAUGGUAUGCAAUCCACCAACAAUACAUUGCAAUAUUGGACUUUGUACAUAUCGUCCUGGUACUGCAGCAAUACGGACCGUCCUUGAGAAGUCAUUUGAAGAGCACCUGAUACGAAAGAUCACAUUUGGGCAGUAGAUUUCAGUUGACCGUUGCAAUUUAGAAACACUGCAGAAAUCAUCAGCAGAUUUCAUAGAUUUACUCUGUGACAAGCUGUCACUCUUAGUCCGCCACGACUUUAUUGCAAAACAACAGACCUCUUUCAUGAAUCACUUAAAGGAAAAUUUAAAAGAAUCUGAAUUUGCCAUUACACUCGACUUUUCAGAAAACUACAGUAUGGUUGUACAAGAUGAAGCCCAGACUUACCACUGGACUAAGGGACAUGCCACAAUUCACCCGUUUAUGAUAUAUUAUAAAGGAGAAAAAAGAAUUGAACAUUUGAACUACGUUGUAAUUUCUGACUGCCUAGAGCACAAUACAGUUGCUGUUUACACAUUUCAAAGAAAUUUGGUUGCUUUUUUGAUUACAAAAUUUAAAAACGUUCCUCGUAAGUUCUUUUACUUUUCAGAUGGGUCUGCUGCCCAAUAUAAAAAUAAGAGAAAUUUCAUCAAUUUGUGUUCUCACAAGCAAGACUUCAACAUAUCAGCUGAAUGGCAUUUUUCAGCCACAGCUCACGGUAAAGGGCCUUGCGAGGGAGUUGGAGGUACAGUUAAGAGAUUAGCAGCUAAAGCUAGCCUGCAACGGCCCUACGAAAACCAGAUAUUUACCCCUUUCCAGCUUUAUGAAUGGGCAGUAGAAAAUAUUUCUGGUAUUAAUUUCACUUUCACUACACAAGAGGAUUACGUAGAGUCAGAAAAAUUUUUAAAAGAUCGUUUCAAUCAGGCGAUUACCAUCCAAGGAACUCAGCAAUAUCAUGCAUUUAUACCUGUUGACUCAAGCACAUCAAAAAUUAGUGUGAAAAUAUUUUCUGGAGCUACACAUUCAACACAAGUAACUGUUACAAGAUCACUAGACAAACCGCAAAUAGGAGACGUAAAGGGUUAUACUGCAGUUGUAUAUGACAAGAACUGGUGGCUAGCUUAUCUUAUGGAGAAAAACGAAGAAAUUGAUGAAGUGAAAGUAACAUUUCUCCACCCUGCUGGACCAUCACUAUCCUUUUCUUAUCCAGGGAAACCAGAUGUAUUAUGGAUUCCUCUCACAGAUGUGUUAUGUACAGUAAAUCCUGUGACACCAACUGGAAUAAUUGAUGUGCUAUCUGAAAAUGACACUUUAAAAACCAAUGAGGAAUUUUUCAAGAACUGUAAUCAAACAUGUGAGUGCUAAUUUCCUUUCUUCAAUUUAUUUCUCAUUUUAAAUUAUUGUGCAGGGGAAUCUUGCAUAUAUUGUACUUCAGCAUAAAGUAUUUCUCAUUUAAAAUAAAUUCCCUGUAAAAUUUAAUUAAUAAAUUGUUCACUUAAAGAUACUUUCAGUGUACAGAAUAUAAUUAUCUGAUUUUUUUUGUGUAUUUUACAACAAAAUUUUACUGUAUUCUGUUAUGCUUUCCUUUGCUGCCAACAUUUAACCUGAGGUUUGACAAAAAGGGCCUUUGUUUUCAAUUAAUUUUACUAUGAACCCAUUAACUCUCCACUUUGAAACUUUGUAGACAAUUUAAUAUUUAUACAAAAAAUUUUAUAGAAUUGUUUGAAAAUAAUUAAUACUGCACUUUUUCCAAAAUUUUAAAUUUAAAUUUUAAAAAUUAUUUUGAAAAUUAUUUUUUUUUCUAGACAUUGUGUUACAUAUCACAUGAAAGGCCAUACAAAAUGCUGCAAAAUGACACCUGUCUCACCUUUCUAACUUAAUUUGGAGAAGAGUUAUGGUAAUUUUAAAAUAUGCCUGUCGUGCUUUUUUUGAGUUUUUUUUUUUUUUUUUUUUUUUUGGAAAAUUUACAAAGCAAUAUUUUCAAAACGGAUGGAUAUAUCAUUCUAAAAUUUUAUAAUUUUGUUAGUCUGUAUGGAGGUAACAUCUGUGCAAAAUUUCAUCAAAACCUGAUAUGGUGAGGUAAAAUGGGUGUGUUGAUUUGACAUGGAAUGCCCCGGCUUAGUGCAGAAAUUUAGAGGUCUUUUAUAGUUGACGUAUUUAUUUAUUGUGAUAAGUAGACUUUUCUGAAUAAAGGAUUCCUGCAAUGGUGAUUUAGGGCUUCCCAGUUUUUCAAAAUAAUGUAUAAAUUGUGUUAUUUGCUGUGUCCAUUUACUCACUUUCUUUUGGGAAAAUGAGAAGACUUCAGACUUAAUUAAAAUACUUUAGAAUGCCUAAGUUGUAGAUUGAUACCAUAUCUAGGUUACGAACAUGAUAUUAAAGAUUGUUACUUACCAUUAACAAGUAUUAGGUGCACAAUACUAAAAAAAUAUGAUCAUGCAUAAAUCCCAUGUACGAAUAUGGUCCUAUUAGACUGCUGAAAGUCAUUACUGCGACAUAGUUUUAAACAGGCAAAAAAUAAAGAUAAUAUACUAAAAUCACAUAUAAUCAUCUUAAAAAAAUACAUGAAUUUGGAGAGGCAAUUUUUUUAAUUACUAAACCUAAGGGUUCAUGAUAAUAUACUGCAUGGUGCUUGCAAAGAAUAAGGAAGAAUAAGCCAAGCGAUGCCUUGGGACAAGAAAAAGGCAAGCCAGUUAAUGGCAGGCCUCAAAGCAGGGAGGUUAUAAAACAACAAAAAUAUAUACAAUAUUCUCUCUAUAAUAUAGCUCUUCACUUCUCCGGUCCUCCCAGUAAUCCAGCAUUUUUAUACAGGCAGCUACCAAGCAGGUAGCUCGGUAAUUUCGAGCAUGAAUUGGAGAAGUGGCCGCUUGUCGUAGGGUCAGUGACAUCUGUGCGCGAUGUGUGUGUCUACUUGUCUGCCUAAUGCCAUUCUGUUCCUUACUCUGCUUGCUCGCUGACGUGCUGUAUUUUGUCAGGGUAAUUUUGUGUGUUUGCAGUGCUGUGAGUUAAAAAUGCCCCUACAGUGUGUGCAUAAACACAAAACAUUAUCACAUGUGGAUAAAAACAAGAUUUUGAAACUGACUCGAAAAAGGUUCAAUGUUAGUUUUGCUGAAGAAUAUGGAGUUGUUUGUGCUAUAAUUCAUGACAUAAGAAUGAACGGUAACAAGAUAAAGACUUUCUAUGAAAAAAAAAAUGAAAAUGUGAAAAGUGUGCAGAAAAAACUGAAAACUUGCCAGUUUCCACAAUUUGAAGAUAGCCUUCAUUUUUGGUUUUUACAAGAACACAAUAGGCACACACCUAUUUCUGGAGACAUUGUAAAAGGGAAAAGUUAGAUUUUUCCACAGAUAAAUCACGAAAUAAGAUGACUUUCAGGCCAGUGAGGGCUGGUUGGAAAAUUUUAAAGACGUUUAGGUAUUCGGCUGUUGAGUACAACGGGUGAAAAGCUGUUAUGUGAUGUUGAUGUGGUCGAGCCAUACAAAGAAAAGUUCAAAAAGUGAUUGAAGAAAUUGCUUUAACUCCUGACCAAGUAUACAAUAUGGACAAGAUCAGUUUGUUUUGGCAGCUUUUAGCUAAAAAAAAAGUAUGUUCACUGUGCUGAAGAUGUGCCCUGGACAAAAGCUAGCAAAGAACAAAGUCACUUUUAUGCCUUGUUCAAAUGAAAAUGGUAAACAUAAGAUGAACAUGUUAGUGAUUGGUGAGGCAAAAAACCCUAGGGCAUUUAAGGAUGUUCAACUUCCUGUUGAUUACAAAAACCAAAGUAAAAUGUGGAUGACCAAGUUAUUGUUCUGAGAAUGGUUGGACAAACUAUGUGUACCAUCACUAAAGAAUUUCUUAAGAAACAGAACUUUCCACAAAAAGAAUUACUUAUUUUGGACAGUUGCCCCAAUCACCCUCAUUAAGAGAAUUUAAACUUAAAAGACAGUUUUAUCUGUGUUAUGUUUCUACCUGUGGACCAAAAUGUAAUCCAAGCAAUUAAAAUGCAGUACAAAAAGAGCCUUUUGUACAAGGUUUUGUCUAAGGAUGACAGUGAGAUAAAAACAUUAAAAGUUAAUUAACCGGAAAUAUGUUGUCUACUCACUUGCGAAUUUGUGGGUAAACCUAAUUAAAAAAUGAUGGUUUUCGUAGGGAAACUUGUGGCCUAACAUGAAAUUGUUAGAGCAAUACAAGAGAAAGCCAAACAAUACAACCAUUCUUGAUAUUGAUAAAAAGCUCUUGAAUGCAGCUGAUAAUGUUUUGACAACCAAUGUCGUCAGCAAGUGGUUGAUGUGAUGAAGAGGAAAUUAACCAGUUUUUGACAGACAAUGAUUACAUAGAGGCUGAGACCACAAUAGGAGAGGAUGAAGAGUAAAAUGUGGAGGGCAAGUGACACCAGCUAUACAAACAAAACUUCAUGACGCAGUCAUAGAUGCCCUUGCUAUGUGUAUUACCUGGGCAGAAUAAAAUGGUAUAUCCGCGAGUGAAAUUUAAGUAUUGAAGCAACUCAAGAACAAGUAUACAAAAUGUCAUUUAAAGUGAAAAA